GUGCGCAAAAAAAUUUCAACAGUGAAAAUUCUUUCUGAAGAAGGAUUGCAACGAACCAUACCUAAGUUAUAAUAAAGGGUGGCCCACUUGUACAUAUAUAGGGAGAUCAUAUUAAAGCCAACGUUACAAUAUGUUAAGAAAUUCAAUACGUCGCUCGUCGACUCAAUCUACCAUCCCAUUCCAACCCGUGCCCUUAAAUAGAUUUAACCAAGACAGAUCAGCAUUCAACUUCAAACCUCCAAGAGAUAAAGUUAAGAAUAUACAAGGUUUAAUACAUAACCCACCAGCUGCCAUUGUCAAACCAUCAAUAAAGACCCCAUUUGCAUUUCUUCCUGCCAAUGAUCCAAGAAGAUCUUUAUCCAGGGUUGAAGUUUUCACCAAAGAAGAAUUGAAAAAUUAUCCUAUCAUAACCAAUUAUAGAACAUCCGAAGAAAGAGAUUACAACACGACACCAGAAACAGUUGCUGAAAUAAAAAGAUUAAGAGAAGAAGACCCAUCUAAAUGGACAAUUUCUAAGUUGAGUAUUAAAUUUAAUUUGUCUCCACACAGAGUAAAUGUAUUCGCAGGAACAUUACCAGAUCACUUAAAGAAGGAUGAAAAUGAAGGAUUGACUCCAUUACAAGUUAAGAGAAAGGAAGAAAAGAAAAAGAGAGUUCAAUUAUGGUUAAGAAAUGAAUUCUAAUCGACGGGAAAUGACUGAUUAACUGAUAAUUGACUAAUUAUCUUUUUUCAAUAAUGAUAGUCUACAUAAAAUCAUUGUGACUUUGUAUAUAAAAACCAUUUGUAAAUAGUCUUGACGACAUGGUUAUAGUCUCUACAUACACAUAUUUGCAUAUCUUA